UUCAAGGUUCUCCUUCUUUGUUACUUUCCUUUUCUUUUGAGCUUUCAGCUCUUCCUCUAUCUUCUCUUUCUGCUCCUUCCCUUUCUUCUCCCUCUCCCUUUCCUCUCUUUCUUUCUUUUCCAUCUCCUUCUUCUCUUUUUCCUCUCUUUGAUUCUUCUCCUUCUCUUUCUUUUCCUUCUCUUUCCUCUCUUUCUCCUUCUGCUCUCUCUCUUUCUGCUCCCUCUCCUUCUCUUUCUCCUCCUUCUCUUUCUUCUCUUUCUCUUCCUUCUCUCUCUCCUUCUUCUCCAUCUCAUUCUUCUCUUUCUCCUAUCUUUCUUUCUUCUCCUUCUCCUUCUUCUCCCUCUCUUUCUCCUCUUUCUCCUUCUGCUUCUCUUUCUCCUCUUGCUGCAAUCUCUCUCUCUCCUCUCUUUCUUUCUUCUCCUUCUCAUUCUUCUCCAUCUCUCUAUCCUCUC